CUUCACUUUCUUGCUGGCACACAAAAGAGAACUUAUCCUUUCUUUCUCCUAUACUGCCCCUCUCACGUGCAUGCACCAUAUAUUUUUCUCUCUAAUACAUUAUUACCCCAGACCUUAGCUGCUAACUUCAUUUUAACCUCUCUCUCUCUCUCUCUCAACAACAAGAUUUGAAGCUGUGGGGUUUAUGGUAGAAAGUCCCUUUUGUCUUUAAAAUGAAACUACAUUUGCAAGUUCCCAACAUUUCAAGCCGUAUGAUUAGCUGGAGCUGUGAAUUGUGGAGAUUGUAGAGAAGAUAAUGGCACUUGAAACCCUUUCAUCUAACGAGCUGUUGAACUUUAUUAUCUAUGAUACUAUAUUCGCAACCCCAUGUAGCAGCCAUCACCAUGAGUCAUUGGUCACUGAUUUCUCAAUGGAAAAUAGUUUCAGCUCCUUAGAACAAGCUAGUAAUAGUGGUAAUGCUUUGAGUUGUUUGCCAAUGGUGACCCCAAAGUGCCGCUCAAAGGGAAUGGAAAGGUCCAACUUGGCAGUUCAAGGGAGGAAAAAAAGAAGGAGAAAGCCAAGGGUUUGCAAGAACAAAGCAGAGGCUGAGACACAAAGAAUGACUCACAUUGCUGUUGAGAGAAACAGACGAAAGCAAAUGAAUGAGCAUCUCACUGUUCUACGCUCCCUCAUGCCUGAAUCUUAUGUUCAAAGGGGUGAUCAAGCAUCCAUAGUAGGUGGAGCUAUAGAGUUUGUGAAGGAACUUGAGCAUCUUCUGCAAACACUUGAAGCUCAAAAGCUUCGAGUAGAAACCAACAUGUCAUUGCUAUCAUCAUCGUCGUCACCACCGUUUGCACAAUUCUUCACGCACCCUCAAUACACUUGGUCACAGAUCCCUAACAAACAUACACCAAAAACAAAGGCAUCAAUAGCAGAAAUCGAGGUGACAUUGAUCCAAACUCAUGCUAACCUUCGAAUCCUCACACGAAAAGUUCACAAGCAGCUUCCCAAGCUUGUUGCUGCUUUACACUCACUUUACCUUUCCAUCCUUCACCUCAACGUCACAUCCAUGGAUACAUUAGUUCUCUACUCUAUCAGUGUCAAGGUUGAAGAAGGAUGCCAACUGAACUCAGUAGAUGACAUAGCAGGUGCAGUUCACAACAUGCUCAGAAUAAUUGAGGAAGAAGCUACUACCUUAUGUUGAUAAACUUUUGUACCUAAAUUACCUUUUGUUUUACUGUCAAAUCACCAAAAUGCCACCACUUCUUUUUGUUCCUUCUUUAUAAAUAAAGUUGGUUUUUUUUGA